AUGUCCGAUUUAUGUGAUAGUGUGACGACCGUGACGUCGUUACCAAAUGAUAGUAGUAUACAAUGUGAAUCAGAAUCAUAUCAGAUAUGUUUAAGCGAUGAAAAAAUUAAAUGCUUAGUGCAGCAUCAUUCUCCUGAGUUGAUCAUAUUCUUUGGUGGAGGAUUAGCUUUCAAUGCAGAAGUGAGAGAGUUGGCGGAUGACGUAAAUGACAUUUGUGAAAGG